CGACAUCAAAUUUUAUCCUCUUCUCUUCCUCACUGAAGCAUCACGGAAACGAUACCAUUAUCUACCAUCUUGACCUGACCACGCUCGAGAGAGCUUAUCAGUGUCUCCAAUUGCACACUGAUAAGGAACGAGAUGUCUGAGAUCUGAGGAAUUUAUUACCCUCUGCAGUUAGUCGUUGGAGAUUGCCUCUUAUAGCCAAUGCAUCAUUGGCGAUCAGAGUUUAUCUAUUGCAUUCGGCUUCUUCAACCACGUCAGCUUCGCUGCAGAGCUCGGCCGAUGUGAUCCUCCGAUGACACAUUGCAAGCCAUUUCCGACAUUUAAACCUCACCCCACCGCCUGAGAAGAAAAUUGUAAGCAAGGAGUGCUGCCAAUGACUCAUACUAAUGUCUCUUCAUUUCAUAAGUAGCGGAAAUCGUCUCUGAUCAUACAUGUGGUCAGCACAGAGGGAUUCCUACCGCUGGCUGUGCAGGCGCUGAUCCCCGCAUCCUGCUUCCAACAAAUGGCACUCGCAACUUUGAUCGCUCUCCUGCUUGGAGGCCUUCUCUCCCGAUGUCUCUACCGACUGUAUUUCCACCCUCUCUCAAGAGUCCCCGGACCAAAGCUUGCCGCGUGCACCUCCCUCUGGCUCGCCUACCACACCUACAUCGGAGACGAAUGCACUGUGAUAUUCGGGUUGCACAAGAAAUACGGGUCUGUGCUCCGCGUUGCCCCCAACGACAUUGAUAUUGCCAGCGGAGACGCGAUUGAACCAAUAUACCUAAGUCGUGGCGGCUUCCCCAAGACCUCUGUUUACUCAAAGUUCGACAUUGAAGGCCACACGACGAUAUUCUCAACCCUAACCCUACCCGAGCGGGCAAACCGCGCGAAGGCAGUGGCACCGUUGUUCUCGACCGCGUCGAUCCGCGACUCCCAGGAUGCAUUGAACGGUGUGGUCAGUGAUUUCGUCGAGCGAAUCCGCCGCGAUGCAAAAUCCGGCCAGCCAGUGAACGUGCUUCAGAUCGCACGAGCUUUGGCGAUUGAUGCUGUGACGCUGUACUUGUUCCAGGAAAGAUAUGGCGCUUUAGAUGAGAAGGUGAAUGUCAUGUCUGCGUCGCCGUUUGUCGAUGCGUAUGUCGGGGUUGGCGCCUUUUUCAACUUCACUUGCGGUAGACUAGGCGAAUACCUGGUAGGUCUCGCUGAGCAUCUUACUCAAGGGUCGGAGACGGCCAAGUCAUUUAUCGCCAUAGACGAGUACACCCGCCGGUUGGUGAAGAGCUCUGCCCCCAAGAGUGGCAGCUACCAGAGUCGAUUGCUCGAACGGGUGUCAGAAUCUCAGUCGCAGAUUGAGGUAAAAGAUGUCUGCUUCGCGGGCACAGAUUCAACGGGCAUGAACACUGCCAUGAUCAUGUGGUAUUUGGCCAAAUACCCUCAAAUUUAUAACCGGCUCCGCGCUUCCCUCGAAGCUACUAAAGCCUCCAAUCUCUCCCCAAUCACAGAUCCUUACCUCCGCGGCGUAGUCCGCGAAGGCCUGCGCCUCUCCUGGGCAAAUCCCAUCCGUCUCCCGCGCUCCGUCCCCGCACACGGCUGGCAGUACAGAUCAUACUUCUUCCCACCCGGCACAAGCGUCGGCGUUGCCGCAUUCCAGCUACACCAGGACGAGUCCGUCUUCGCUGACCCGCAAGAAUUCAGGCCCGAGCGGUGGCUGAACCCUACGGAUGAGAUGCUGAACAACUUCUUCGCAUUCGGGAAGGGGACGAGGGCAUGCAUUGCGCAGAAUUUAGGGACCAUGGAGGUUACCUUGGCGAUACUGGCUGUUGCAACGGCGGAUUUGCUGGCGGGAGCUAGGGCUAUUGGGGAUAGGAUUGAGAUCGCAGAGUGGUUCAAUUCGAGGGUUAAGGGGGAGGAGAUACUUAUCCAGUGGGAUAGCAAGCAAUAAGCAAAAAGGAGAUAUACCUGGACUUCCAUAAUCGUGCUAUGAGUCUAUAUAUAAGUCCACAAAAGCGGUCCUCAGGAAUUGUGGAUACGGAUAGCAAGACCGAAAAGGAUACCCGCUUUCCCAACACAAGGAUGAGCUUUCCUCAAACAGAGUAGGAAGGGCCGGCGGCGGUCGCUCUUGCCUCACUCGAUGAUAAUUAUAGAGGGAAGGAACAACCCAAG